CCGAUAUGGAGCGUCAAUGUAGACGACAUGAGUGCUUUGACGCACAGUAUAGGCUUCUAGUGGCGAUAUGAUCGGCAAUUUGACAGCAAACUUACAAAUCCUCAAGAAAAAAAUGAACAGUCAGUUCUGUUCUGACAUAGCCUGACAGUAAACCAGAAAGUCAACAUUUCUUAUUAGACUAUUUAAGCCUUCCACUUGGGUUACCAACCAUAAACCGGGCUUUAUUUUCUAAAACAGUAUGGCAGCUGUCAGAGCAAGUGAAUUGUAUUCCGCGAUUUUAUCAGAAAACGCUUCAAUUAUUGUUAAUAUUGCAAAAGAAUACGGGACCAACUCAAUAAUCGAUGGAGCGAAAUCCAAGCCGUCAAAGGGUCUUGCUAUUCUCCCUCUUCACUUGGCAGCCUCGUAUAGGAAAGUUCACAGUAUAGAGAGCUUGCUAUUGGCGGGAGCCAACCCCGGAAUUAGGGACCAACAGGGUCGUAAUGCCCUCCACCUGGUCAUCACCCACUGGCCCUACAUCCAUGCCACCUGGCCUGCAUCACAAUCACGUUUUCAGACCGCCAUGGUCAGCAUGCAGAAGAGGGCAGAGGCCUGCCUACAGGUGCUCUGCAACCAUGGAGUCGACCUCAACACUGUGGUGGACAGUGGGAGCCGUCAGACAGCCAUGCACCUGGCCGUGCGCUUUGCCGCUCUCUCCGCCAUCCACAUCCUGGCCAGCCACGGGGCCGCUGUCAACGCCACAGACCUGUACGGCAUGAUGCCCCUGCAUAUGGCCGCCGGCAUGCUCAACACAGAGAUUGCCGUUUGCCUGAUCAAGCUUGGUGCAGAUGUCAACAAGGCGGUGAGCCAUUCGGGGAACAGGCCGCUGCACCUGGCUGCCCUGACGACAGCCUGCAGGCCAGAAAAGAACAUGGACACUGCACUGAGAUGCAUCACUGAGCUGCUGGACCAGGGGGCAGAGGUGGAUGCCGUGAACAACGCGGGCUGGACGGCCCUCCACGAGGCGUGCAGCGUGGGCAAGGAGGCCGUGGUCAACCUGCUACUGAGGCGUGGUGCCGACAUCAACAAGCAAACACCAGCUGGUGAAAAUGGGCUGUUCCUGUUCCUGGACCAUCGGCCCAACCUCUGCCACACCUCCCUGCUGUGCCGCUUGCUCAGUCUCACCUCCCCUUUCACCAUCGCCAACGGGGCGGGCCUCCAGCCCAGCACGCUGCUGCUGCCCCAGUACUCUCGUCAGCGGGAGCAGCUCCUGGCCCUGACCCGGCACCCUCGGAGCCUCAUGGACAUCUGCCGGAUCCAGGCGUUCCAGUACUACGGCUCUGGCUCGUCACGCCGCCAGACCCUGGCAGAUCUCCUGCCUGAGAGGCUGCACCGCUACGUCCUCUGGGGGAGCUCCUGUGACAUCAGCUUUGUCAGCGACGAUGACAAGGCCAAGUCCGGCAGCUGGUCUGACUUCUUUCAUCGCGAGGAGCCGGAAAGGGCCAACUCUCUGGACGUCCCCGCACCAGAGCGCCAAAGAGCCUCGGAACACUGACACCUUCCGGACGUUCUAGCAGGUUCCACUGAGGGGGAGGCUGGGCCCAUGCAUGACCCACCUCAUUAAACUCUUUUCUGAUUCUAAUGUUUUAAACUUAAAUUAUACCUCAAUGCCAGUAAAGUCAUAAUGAACAGAGAUGGUGUUCUACUUCGGUUCCAGAAAUGUCACGAUGAAUGAUACAUACUGUACAUAACAUAAAAUAUAAUCAGCUCAACCACCCAACCAUUUUUUUUUGUAGUUUUAAAACAGGGUACUUGGGGUUUACAUCUGUUUUUGAUAUUGUGUGUAUUGUGAUAGUGUUAUUACUGUUAGUAUUUUUAUUUUGUAUUUUUACUGCUGCACAACAAAUUGCCCCUCUAGGGACAAAAUAAAGGUUGUAGUUUACUAGACACUGCUCCUUACCUUCAGGUCUCUGUGCAUGAUAGCCCUGGAGUGAAGGUACUCCACACCUUCAAGGACUCUUUUCAGGAUGCUAAGAGUCUUCACUGUGUCCACACAGCUGUACGGGUCUGAACACAUCAAGCCCAACAACGCUCAAUACACCAAAGUCUUACUAACCCUGACCUAAAUGUAAUGAGUACAUGUAAAACCAGACAAGGUGUAUGCACUUCAGUCAAAACGCGGCUUGUUUGAGUAGCAGGAUUUUGAAUGGGAAGCGUGUUGCUGUGUAGGGAGCAACUGUAUGUUUACCUGCAGAGCUGCGCCUGGUGUUCCUCUCAGAGAUCCAGUCUUUGAGGGAGAGCUCACACAGCUGCAUCUGAAUGUACAGCAUCAGGUGGAACUGCACCUAAAACAUGAUCCAAAGGUCCACAAGCCGGGUUAUGUCAUUGCUGUACACCAAUAAUGCUGUUUUAUGCUCAGAUGUGAUUGUUUUAUAGCUGAAUUAAGAAUGAGUGUAGGUACAACCUACUGCAAAGCUCCAUCCAUCCACAGUCGCUAAUCCGUAGCUUGAAGCAAUGUCGUUGAGUAUCAUGAAAAGCACGGAUGACAUCAUGUUUCUCACCUCCAUGGACGAGUGUUUAUCUGUCCACUUCUGGCUGUCCUUGUCAGUGCAGGAGUUGUUGUUCCCCUCCAGCCCGUUGGACUCGUCCUCUGUGACCCUCGAGCCGUCCCAGCUCACGGCCGGACACGGCUCCUUCAGGGGGGGCCCCACACCCGGGCCCCCCCUCCCCAGGAACACACAGGGAACGUAGUUGUCUGGGACGCGCUGCAUGGUUUUGGGGCACACUGCCUGGCUGGUCUCCCCCUGCUGGCCAGGGGCCUUGGUCGG